AUGGCAUCCUCUGUUCAUCCCCCGAUCCCCGAGGAGCGGGUGUCCAAGUAUGACUUGACUGCGCUACCCGAUCCCCCGGAUGAUUACACGUUCCUCAACAGGACAUUCAAGCAACAUAAAACCAAAAUCAACUAUUUCCAUUUGUCAGGGCUGCAACAAAUUGCCAAACACUUUCUUUGGGGCUAUUGGUUUGGUAAUGUGUCGAAAGCCUCGAUCACGAGGGCGAUUGCCAAGGUCAACUACUACAUGCGCCCCGAACACCAGGUUCAGUCCGAAGAGCAGUUGAUGGAUUUCCAGCGUGACGGCGGUCCUCGCCUACUCCGGUAUACGAUCAAACCGACUCCCAUUCCAGUCAGCCGUCACUGGCCUUUCUUGUUGAGCGAGGACGAUAUACGGCAGCUGGGAACCGAACAUUAUAGCCGUCCAGCAGACGCACCACCCGAUGUUUCGGAUGCUUGGCUGUUUCAAUUCUUACUGCCAUCCAGAUCUUUGGGAGUGCCAAUUCCAGCGACGAACCAAAUUGUGUCGGCCACUGACACUCAUCUCACGUCGGAGUUACCGGGGCCGAGCCAGGAAGUCGGCGUUUACUCGUCGAAUUUUGACCCUGUUCCAGUUCGCGAGGCCAUUGAAAAGGCGCUCAUCAAAUUAUGCUACAAGGACCUCGAGAGACAUUCUCAUGCGCCGAGUAUGGAACCGGUCGCUACCAGAGUUGCCUCGUCAUUCCAUGAUCUGCGAAUCGUUCAGGUAGGUGCUCAUCCGACAGUGUCUGACGUCCGAUUGAAUCCCGCCACCUAUGCAUUCGACCCCAUGGGCCGUACCUACCCAUACCGUGGGCGUGGACCAAUUUGGGCGGAUGGCUCUUGCGCUAUUGACAGUACUAUUGUGCUGGGUAUGCUGACCAUGGCGGGCUGUACUAAUGUAGACCGAGCUGAUGGCGCUGAAGAAGCCUUUACCGUCCUUGAGAAGGCUUUCAUUCAAGCAACCAACAUGAACUGGGACGCCAUUGAGCCUGCGCUUUCCAUCGAGCUCAGGCAUGCUUAUUUCAACCUCCUCUGUGAGCACAACGAAUAUAUCCGACGGGGUCAACUGGUUCCAAUGUGGACCGUCUGGGCAGAGUCCACCAGAAGCUUUGCGCAAUUUCGAUUGCGCUGGAUCGAUCGUCCCGCGGGACCAUGUACGCAAUGCGGGCACGUGGAAACCAAUUGCAUUCCGCACCGCUCAACUGGUUUGACACCACUCUACCGGUUUGGCGAUGAGCGUGGUGUCACAAUGUCGAGCUUGCUCAGGCGUACGUGGGGACCGCAUUUGAGAGUUGUCUCUUGCGAAGCCUGUGGUACGAUCGCAGGGCCGCAAAGGCUGAACUUCUUGACUGGGCUCCCCUCUCGUCUGGUGGUAUCCACCGGGCAAGGAAUGAAGGUGCUCAAUCAUACCGAGGAUCAACAGAUCCAAUAUGUUGAUAUUAACCACCAAGUGAAAAGCGCUCGCUUCCGCUGGCUCGGAGGGGCAUACUAUUUCUCUGACCAUAUCCGAGUCUACUGGAAUGACGACGAGCGAGGGGAAACGAAGACGGGCAACAUACGCAUGUAUGAUGGCCAAGAGGCAGGAGGCGUGAUUGUUGGAGGAUUGAGCCCAUGGCAAGCAGACGAUCGAGUUCCACCGGAAUGGGUGGCCAAUGGCAUUCCAGUCGCAAUCUAUGAGCGUAUCGUUGACCCUACAGAAGACAUGUUGAUAGCUGCCGCAAACACUGUCAACAACUUGACUCGACUUGUCUCCGAGAAACAACCGGUUCUCUCUUCGCUCACUCCCUGGGCUCCACAAGGUAAAUUGGCCCCUUUCCUGCCCUUGGAGCAAUUACUUCCUACUACUGGGGAACGAUACCAGGAGAUACAGCCCGUCUCAGCACCGGAGACGUUCCAGCCGCAGCCGACACAGGAGGACGCGUGGGUGGAGUUUGAGCAACAAUUUGGGCUUGAAGACUUGACAAAUUUCGACCCAAUGAGUAUCAACGAUCCAAUGGGUAUCAACGACCCAAUGAGUACCAGUUCUAUCAACAUGAUACCUGGUCAGGGAGGUCAGGAGCUGGUACCAUUUGAUCCCCAGACCGGGGGCUUAUUUGAAAACCUAAUAGAGAACCCGUAUAACUCCAUCGAAGGUUGGCGGAUGAUUCCUGAAAAUCAAGUUGCCUCUAACAAUGACGCAUCAGCUCCCGCCGUCCCUCCCAUCAAUUCAAUGGAGUCAAUGGAAGACGCAUAUUUGGCCCCCGCUGAUCCCCUGGCAGAGUACCAGUUCUACGCCACCGGUAGUCUGAGGGCUGACCCGAAAACUAUCAGGCGGGUUCAGAGGCUGCCUGGGAAGAGGAAGAGUGGGAAACGAAAUCUCAAAGACGAGGAAGAGCAACCAGUCCAGAGGGUGAAGAGGAGGAAGAUCAUUCGGUGA